AUGAAUACUGUAAUGAUUUAUUAUAGCAAUGUAAAUUUUUUCCCUGAAUGUAAUAAAAUUAUAAAUGGAUAUUCAUCCAAAUGGAUUGAAGAUGAUAAUUGUGGAGAACAAUUUUUUAAUCGUGUUGGUAUUGAAAAAGACAGUUUUCUCGAAAAAAAUUGUGGCAUUGCUUUGCUCUAUUUAAGCGACAUAGAUUUAUCAAUUAGUAGUCAUAAAAUACCAAGAGAAGCCGGCUAUACAUAUCUAUAUUAUUGGGUGUAUCAUGUUGUUUUCAAAAGUAAUUAUAGUGAGGAUAUGAAAAAAUUUUAUAAAGCAUUGAUUGAUGAUCAUUAUAGAACUUAUAAAUCUAUAAUUUCCAAAUAUAUCGCUGAAGAUAUUUCAAAAGUUAACUUAGAAAAACUCAAAAUUCUAUAUGAUGUGUAUGCAUGUCUUUAUGAUAUAAAAGAAAAUAACGGAUAUCAGAAUGACUCAAUUUUUUGUAGUUCAUUAAAAUAUAUUACAGAAAUAUAUAAUAAAGAAAUGAACCAUCAACUUCAUAAUAUUAGUAAUCCACAUACAUUAAACUCUCACAAAAGUAAUAUGGGAAUUUAUAUUGUAAUUCCUAUUCUUGUAAUAUUAUUAAUUUCCCUCUUUACUCUUACUUUGUAUAAGUACAACAUACAUGGUUCACACUUGCUAGAAAUAAUAAAGAGGAAAAUAAGUACAUAUAGUAAUAUAAAUGAAAAAGGGAAUAAGAUAGGGGAUUCCGAAAUGUUCAUAGGUAUUCAAGGUGAUAGUAGAUAUAAUGUGUUAUAUAAUUAUGAAUAA